CGGGAAUAGUCCAUAUUGCACAAAAUGGCGGACGGAACACUUUUGAAAGACAGGUUUGCUCAGUACAAAUGCUGUGCAAACGACGCUAUUGAAUUCAAACUAGUCCGUGAAGAAUCUGACAUUGAAAGUGAUGUGUCAGUGUUCAGGCCUGAGAUGUCACAUCAGCUCUUCGGAGACAAUGAAAGUAUCUUUGGCUAUAAAGACCUCAAAAUCAAGAUGUAUUACACAGCUGCUAGUCUUCAGACCUACCUCGGUAUGACGUCGUCCGAGCAGAUCUCACCGGAGAAGUUUGAUGGCGUCUAUGCGGAUGAUGUGAUGAAACCCAUUGUAGAAAAGAUACCUCCAGGAUUCUUCACGAAUAUGGAUGAGUUCAUCAAGCAGAUACCAAAAGAAGCGUCAUUCCAACCAUUUGGAGAGAUGAUACAUUCUUAUAAAAUAAUCACAAAAGAAAAUCAAGAAAAGCACUUUGCCAUAUUCAAGACGAGCAUAGAAUCUCCCAGUUUUCGGGAAUAUCACGAACGAUUGCGAACAUUCUUGCUGUGGUUUGUUGAUGCCGCAUCAUACCUAGAUGACGAUGAUGAUCGUUGGUCCUAUUAUCUAUUAUUUGAGAAAUACAAAAGCAAUGGCAACCCAAUGUUUGCAUUGGCUGGUUAUAUGACAGUCUACAGAUACUAUGCCUACCCCGAACGAAUUCGACCACGAAUCAGCCAAGUGCUGGUUUUCCCGCCAUUCCAGCGACAGGGACACGGCUCCCGUCUCAUCCAGACCUUCUAUGAUGAGGCGAUACGAGAUAAAGAGGUAUUGGAUAUCACAGUUGAAGAUCCAUCAGAAGAUUUCCAGCGUGUUCGUGAUUAUGUAGACGCAAGUAACUGUCGUCACCUAAAGUCUUUCCAACCAGAAAAUUUGAAAACAGGCUUUUGCAAGGAUAUGUUUACAGAGGCAAGGGAAAAGUUGAAAAUUAAUAAAAAACAAGCCAGAAGAAUAUAUGAGAUUCUUCGCCUCAAGGCAACCAACGUUAACGACUUGGAAGACUUCAAAAAAUAUAGACUCGAUAUCAAGAGACGGAUCAAUGCACCUUUUGCGAAAACUGGUCGUGAGAUGAGUAAAUUGGAACAUUCUUUGAACACCACAGAACUGACGGCGGCCAUGAAUAGCUUGAAUACGGAGCAACGAAUGACGUACUUGCAGAAGGAGUUCGAGGACUUGGUCGAACAGUAUGAGAAAGUCGUCAAACGAAUUGCUAUUCUGUGAAAUAAAAAACAUAUUCAAUAGACAAUAGGUCGACCUAGACAAUUGGAGAUUUCAGUAGAAGGACUUGGAAUAAAGUGGUAUGAAAACUUUGUCAUGCAUUGCUAUUCUAUGAGAUACGAAACGUCUUCUGAGCUUUUGAUGUGGUCUUCUGAGACAAGUGUGAAUAGUCCUACUGAGGCAAUGGGGUGGAUUUAUUACGACCAUUAGGGAGUUGGAAAAUGAUGAUGCAGAUUUUGACUGUCGUGUUCUAGUUGGGCUGGGAUGAUUUUGAGUCGAGGUUAAGGUCAUUUCAUGGUCUGGGGCCUGAGGACAAGAAAUAUCUGCUCCCCGGACCUUUGUACGAAGUGGUUUGUCAAUCUGUGCUAAGAUGGAAAAUUCCCACGUUUAAUGUGCUCCAUGUAUGUAGUUAAUAAAUUUAUGUACAGUUCAUCAUGAUGGUGUAUAAGCUUAUUAAAAAUUC